UUGGGGUUUCCAGGUAUAAAAUGGAGCAAAGAAUGGAGAACAUGAGCACCACUAAUUAGCAAUGGCAAAGAAGGAGCACAAAGUGAGGUUGUUGGGAACAUGGAGAAGCCCAUUUGUUUAUAGGGUUCGUCUCGCCCUCAAACUCAAGGGAAUUGAGUAUGAAUACAUAGAAGUGGACCUCAAAAAUAAGAGCCCCCUCCUUUUAGAAUCCAACCCUGUGCACAAGUUGGUCCCUGUGCUCAUUCAUGGCAAUAAUCCGGUUUCAGAAUCAAGUGUGAUCUUAGAAUUCAUAGAUGAAACAUGGCCUGAAAAUCCUCUCAUGCCACAAGACCCCCACGGCAUGGCCGUUGCUCGAUUCUGGUCCAAAUUCAUCGAUGAGAAGUGUAUGGCACCAAUGAAGACGGUUCUCUUAACAGACGGCGAGGAACAAGAAAAGGCCAUGACGGAGAUUAAAGAAGCUCUUAAAACCCUGGAAGGGGGCCUUAAGGGGAGGUUCUUUGGUGGAGAAGUAAUCGGUUUUGUUGAUAUUGCCGCUAGUAGUCUAAGCAUCUGGUCAGAAGUGCUUGGGGAAAUAGUUGGCACAAAAUUCAUAGAUUCUGAAAAAUUGCCACUCUUACGUUCUUGGUUUGAAGAGUUCACAAGCAUUGAUCUGCUCAAGGAGAGCUUUCCUCCUUACAAUAAGCUUAUCGCCUCUUACAAAGCUCGCCGUGAAGACCAUCUCGCAGCAAAGUUUUUUCCGAAUUAAUUAUAUCAGUCUUUGAGUUUCAGAGUUUCACUUGGAGAUUAAAAAUUAUAGCAAAAAAAGGUCGACAGACUUAGCUUGUGGAAGAUUUCUUUGAUCACAAUUUGCAUGUAGAGUUGAGUAGCUAAGAAUCGUAUCUUAUAGGUUAUAGUGGUUGUCGUUUAAAGCAUUAUGAUAAGGUGCUUUGAUC